GGAUAUUUAAGUGCAAAUCGGGGGAUAGAUAUAUAUGGAAGCUAUAUCUAAAUCAAUAGCGUUCGUCCUUGGGCCAAAUUACGCUGCUGAAAUAUUUUUUGGAUAAAUUUGAGUGAUUUUUCAUAUUCGGAAGCAGUAAGGCAAAAAUUUCGUUUCCAGCAAAAAAAUGGCAGAAAGUGAGGUAGUGCAACCAAAGCGAUUUCCCACAAAUCUUUUACCCAUGAAAUAUUGGGAAAAUCGAAAAUGUUACUACAUACCGAACGCUCAAGAAUUCCUAAAUAAAGUUCAUGAUGUUGAAGUAUAUGACGAUGAUGUUUGGUUGGUUUCUUUGCCCAAAUGUGGUACAACCUGGAUGCAAGAACUCCUAUGGCUAGUUUUAAAUAAUUACGACUUCGAAGCGGCUAAAAGUGAACAUUUGGAAAAGCGGUCUCCUUUCAUGGAAUUUCAUUAUAUUAUCCACAAGGAUUUGAAAGGAGCCUUUAAAGCAAUUGAAACCACAAAUCGUCCACGUUUAAUAAAAUCUCAUCUAUGUCUUGCUUUGUUGCCAGCCCAAAUUUGGAAUAAAAAAACUAAGGUCAUUUAUGUCUCGCGAAAUCCCAAAGAUGCCUUCGUUUCGGAAUAUCAUUUCUUUCGUCACAUGGGCUUUUUCUCUGCCCAUAUUACGCUAGAAGAAUAUUUAAAUAAUCGUAUGGAGAGCGAAUGUUCGAGUGAGCAAUUUGAUAAUAUGACAGAGUACUAUGCAUUGCGAUCGGAACCUUGGCUUUACUAUACCAGCUAUGAGCGCAUGAAAACCGAUCUCAGGAGCGUAAUUCAAGAUGUAUGCCAGUUCCUUAACAAACCCAUUGACGAAGAGACAAUGCAGCAAAUGUUAAAGCACUUGUCGUUUGAGGAAAUGAAGAAAAAUCCAACAACAAAUCAUCUUUGGGAAAUCGAGCAGGCUCGAAAGAUGAAUCAGGUUCCUUUGGAGGAUUUCAACUUCUGCCGCAAAGGGAAGGUUAGUGGCUACAAGGAAGAGAUAUCGACUGCUUUGGCAAUGAAAUUGGAUAAAUGGGUCCAAGAUAAAAUGAAGCGCUACAACACCACUAUGGAGGAUUUGCUAUUGUUAAAUUGAAAACUGCGCUUAAGUGUAUAUAGAACGAGUAAAAUUU